AUGUAACCUAAACGCACGUGUAGUUUUGUUUACAAAGUGUUUUCACGAAUUUCGCUUUGUAUAUUACAGAAAAGUGUAUAAAAUGCCGGCCGUCUUAGAAAACGACGUGCUUGUGUACAAAGGAAGCAAUUUCUUCCGUCAACGGCUACUUCUGUCUACGUUAAGUGGGCGUGCGAUAAAGAUUGAAGAAAUUCGUAGUACUCACGAUGAUCCGGGCCUAAAAGAAUAUGAAGUGAACCUAAUUCGGCUACUGGAUAAAGUGACAAAUGGAACCAGGGUGGAGCUGAGUGAGACAGGCACGUCUGUUUAUUACCAGCCUGGUAUUUUAAUCGGUGGACAAGUUAAUCACAGUUGUUCUACUCAAAGGGGUAUAGGUUAUUAUUUAGAAAUCCUCUUAGCACUAGGUCCAUUCUGCAAGGAGCCCCUCAAUGCGGUGUUACAAGGCGUGACACACAGUGACCUCGACGUUUCCGUUGAUAAGAUUAAAGCAGCUGCCUUACCGGUGCUCUUGAAGUUUAUAUUGGUUGAUGAUGGACUUGAAUUGAAGGUUGUCAGAAGAGGAGCACCUCCACUAGGCGGUGGCGAGGUGGUGUUCAAGUGCCCGGUCCGCAGGCACCUGCGGCCGCUGCAGUGGAGCAAGUGGGGGCUGGUGAAGAGGAUACGCGGAGUGGUGUACGCGCUCCGGGUCUCGCCCACCAUGGCUAACCGGGUCGUUGAGGCUGCCAAAGGGGUGAUGUUAAAUUUCAUCCCGGAUGUGUACAUCAACACGGACCAAUGUCGCGGACCAAACGCUGGCAAAAGUCCCGGGUUCGGGGUCAGCCUAGUCGCUGAGACCACAGACAAGACAUUCUACUGCGCUGAGGCUAAAUCAGUAGAUGCCGGUCAGGGCGAUAUCACCCUGCCUGAAGACCUGGGCCGCGUGUGUGCACAGCGGCUACUGGACGAGAUACACCGCGGCGGCGCCGUCGACUCCGCCUUCCAGUGGAUACUCGCGCUCUGGAUGGCGCUCGGACAGAAAGAUGUCAGCGAGUGUGUUGUGGGCCCUCUCUCCGAGUACACAAUCACCUUCCUGCAGCAUCUUAAGGAAUUCUUCGGCGUAAUGUUUAAGCUGGACGUGGUGCGAGAUGAGGAGGAGUCGGACGAGGAGCAGGGGUCCCUCUCACAGCAGGUCAGGAUGACUUGCGUGGGCAUCGGAUACGUUAACAUCAGCAAGCGGACGCUUUAAUAUACAGUUUAGCAGUA